AUGGGCCAGGGGGAGGCGCCCGACGCGCGGCUCCGAGUCCUGCCGCUCAUGCAGAGCCGGGGGCGGCGCCGCACACGCUCCGAGGAGCCGGAGGGACAGACCUUCCAGAGCAGCCCCGGCUCGGAAGGAAGUGACAGCGGCAGCGUCGAAGAGAUUUGGUGGCGCGCACAACGGCGCGCCAAGAUACCGGCUGUACGCACGCGCCGACCGGCUCGCCCGCGCCCGGCGCAAGCGCAGGGAACAUCCUUAGAGCGCACGCGCGGGGGGCCGGCGGGGCUGCCAUCGCUAGCCGCCAUGGAGAGGAAAGUUCUAGCACUGCAAGCUCGGAAGAAGCGGACCAAAGCUAAGAAGGAAAAAGCCCAGAGGAAACCUGAAACUCAACUUCGAGGCCCUGCUUCCCAUUCAGAGAAUGACCUCCCUGAACAGGAAGAAGAAAUCCUGGGAUCAGAUGAUGAUGAACAGGAAGAUCCCAAUGAUUACUGCAAAGGAGGUUACCAUCUUGUAAAAAUAGGAGAUCUGUUCAAUGGAAGAUACCAUGUGAUCCGGAAGCUGGGGUGGGGACACUUCUCUACAGUAUGGUUAUCUUGGGACAUCCAGGGGAAGAGGUUUGUGGCAAUGAAAGUUGUAAAAAGUGCUGAACACUAUACAGAAACAGCACUGGAUGAAAUAAAGCUGCUGAAAUCUGUUCGGAACACUGACCCAGAUGACCCAAACAGGGAGAGGGUAGUUCAGCUAUUAGAUGACUUCAAAAUCUCAGGAGUGAAUGGUUCUCAUAUUUGUAUGGUGUUUGAAGUUUUAGGGCACCAUCUUCUGAAAUGGAUAAUCAAAUCAAAUUAUCAGGGGCUUCCACUGGUCUGCGUUAAAAGAAUAAUUCAUCAGGUUUUGCAGGGACUGGAUUAUUUACACACAAAGUGUAGGAUUAUCCAUACUGAUAUUAAACCAGAAAACAUCUUGCUGUGUGUAAAUGACCGGUACAUCCGUAGACUGGCUGCAGAGGCAACAGAGUGGCAAAGAUCUGGAGCCCCCCCUCCUUCUGGCUCUGCAGUGAGUACUGCCCCACAGCCCAAACCAGCUGACAAAAUGUCCAAAAAUAAGAAAAAGAAAUUGAAAAAAAAACAGAAACGACAAGCAGAGCUGCUGGAGAAACGCAUCCAAGAAAUUGAGGAAAUGGAGAAGGAAGGAAACCCUCUGCAAGUCGAGUCUGAAGAUCAGCAAGAGAUUCCAAGACCACUUGAGUUACUCUUAAAAGAGAGCCCCCCAGAUGAAGGGCUACCAGGAAAGCCAGAUGCUAUCUCACUUGUAUCCGAGCAAACUAUCUUAAUGGAAGGAGUUGUUGAAAAAUGCAUAACAGAAAUCAAUUGCAAUGGUGUAGUGCAAAUGAAUACCUUCUCAGACUCCAACAACCAAGUGUCAGUGAGAUUUGAGGAGGACCUUCAUAAUGCCAAUGACUGCAGUGGUCCCUCUCAGGAGCAGCAGGAGAAGGAGGAGGAAGAGACCUGUACUUAUGGUCAAAGUAAUGGUGGCUCAGAGAACAGGAUACAGGAAGCAAUAUCAGAUUCAUGUGUACCCUUAAUUUCAGAGGUUCUGGAUUCAAUGGUAUGCCAGGCAACUUCAAGUGAAGAACAGUAUUUCAAUGAGCAACAGAUCAGCCACUUACAAGAGAGAAUCAGGGCAGAAAUACCUUCAGAAGAUGAAAAUGAGAAUAAUGGAACAUCAGAGAGUAGCAAAGGAAAAUCUGCUGCUGGGAAUUUCCUCCUUAAUCCUCUCGAGCCCGGGAAUGCUGAUAAGCUCAAAGUGAAGAUAGCAGACUUAGGAAAUGCUUGCUGGGUGCAUAAGCACUUCACUGAGGACAUUCAGACACGGCAGUACCGAUCCUUGGAAGUACUGAUUGGAGCAGGCUACAGCACCCCUGCUGAUAUUUGGAGCACAGCCUGUAUGGCUUUUGAAUUGGCUACAGGUGACUAUCUCUUUGAGCCUCACUCUGGUGAAGACUACUCACGAGAUGAAGACCACAUUGCAUUGAUCAUAGAACUACUGGGGAAAAUACCUCGCAAACUGAUUGUGGCUGGAAAAUACUCCAAAGAGUUUUUCACCAAAAAGGGUGAUCUGAAGCACAUCACUAAACUGAAGCCAUGGGGUCUCUUUGAAGUUCUGGUGGAAAAAUAUGAGUGGCCCCAAGAUGAUGCAGCUGCAUUCACAGACUUCUUAUUACCUAUGCUGGAGCUGAAUCCCGAGAAGAGAGCCACAGCAGUGCAGUGUCUCAGGCACCCCUGGCUUAACUCUUAAAAUGCUCCAGCCUGACACCAUGGCCCUAUAAUCGGGUUUGCAGCAUAAUAUACACACACCUAGAUGGCCCCCCUUUUCCCAAGUCAAUUUUUUCCCUGUUGAUUUUCAGAGUGAAGCUUCUCCUCGAGGGCUUUUGAGAUUUUAGAUAAAUCUUAACUGUUCAUGUGAGUUUGUGUACUUGGCUCUGUUGGAACUGUUGUCAGCCAGUGGGUGUCCAAUUUGUUUUGCUGUGGUUGGGGUUUGCCAAAGAGUUUUUACAGAAAUGUGAAAUGACCCCUGACUCUCUUCCUUGCUCAAGUACCUUAUCCUGAAAGUGUGGGGAAAUCUCCACUGGGACAUCCUCCCUUAACUAUAUUGCAGACAUCCCGAGGGGGAUGUGAAGAGCUGUGAAUCCCUCCUUAGCUCACUGACUCUGGGAGUCAUUUUCCUAGUGCACAUCCAGUUGCUGACAGUAAGAGGAGAAAUAGCAAAUGGCACCAAGGUGGUAGCUCCAUGUGGAGCACUGAACUCUAAAUUCUCUAUUCAUUCCUUAGGUGUCUGAUCUGCUGCUUGGGUAAUCUUUUUUUUCCCCCAGACAUGCUUUUUCUCUAGUUUUAGCCAUUGAAUCUUUUGGAGCAGCCUGUAUGAAACAUAUUUUAGUACUAUUUUUUCCACAAUAUUCUGGAGAGUUUCUGACUCCAGUAAAAUAAGCUGCUUUCCCAUGCUGUAGCAUGUGAAUGUGAAAUACAUUUUGCAAGAGGGAUGAAAACAACAGGAAUUAGUAGAAGUAACAGUCUGUACCAGACAGACCUAAGUAUUUGUUGGCUGUGGAGUUGCAGCCAGGUUGUCCCCAUGUUCUACACCAUACUGCCUGGGGCAGUAUGUGGCCUGCCAGCUAUGUAUUUUGGGUCAGUAGGUGCUUGCUGAUUAUUUGGGUUUCUGUCACUCAAAUUAGACCUCAAAAGCAGGGUAGUUAACCAGCGUCUAGCAGGCCAUUUUUUAUUUUGGUCUGUCUAAUGCCAUUAAUAGCACUAUGUCAGCCUUGCGUGAAAUUGUAUUUUCAGUAGAGAGUAGUUAGUUUUCUGUAUUGAAUAUAUUCUUACCCUUUAACAAUAAGGAAAAAGCACUGCCUUUUCAGCAGUGCUGUAUGCCCAGACUUUCAGUCAUCAUAUUUUCUGAGGCUGUUGCUGGCCCUGUCUGAGUUGCUGGACUCUUGCUGACAUUACCUUUCUUAAUAGCAUUGCUUUUCUUCAGUAUAAACACCAAGGCAAAUAAUAUAGGGGAUGGAGUAAUUUCCAUCUUCCCCCUUAGACACAAUGUGUCAAUUUUUGUUUGUUUAUUUUAGAAUCACUGCAAACAUGGUUGCUCAGCAAGAUGCAAAUGUAAGCUUUUAAACUCCUAGGGAAAGAGGAUUAGUUGUGACUGACUCUUGUAGGUUUUUUAUUUUAAAUAGAAAGGUCAAAAGUAUGGAACACUUGGUAGUUUGACAGUGAGUAUCUCUUAAGCUUCCCUAAGCUAUUAAAAAUCCCCUUCCUCCUGCUCUAAUGUAAGGUUUGCAAGAAGUUGGUAUCCCCAACAGCCCUUCUGUACUAUGGACCAAAUUGGCCUUUGAGAUUAUGAACAUUCUCCAUGGCUAUAAACUGCUGGAGGCCUCAGGCUUGGAGACAGUCCAUUGCAAAAGCUGCCAGCAGCAUGACACUGUUGUUGUUUUUUGUACGUUUUGAAAUCCCAGUUAAUAGUAACUCCAUUUUCCCCUCUUUAAAAAAAUCUGGUUCUGUUUUGUUUUUAAAAAUUGGUGUAACCAUCGUACUCCUUUUUCCUUUCCAGUCUGGCCAUGCUAUCUUUUGAUGCCUGACUAGGCCUUUAGCAGAAUCUGUGCUGCAUGUCUAUUUAAGAAAUCUGAAGUAAAAUUCUCUAUGCACAAUCUUAAGGUGAAAAGAAAAAAAAGUUUUAAAAGUGUAAUGAUUCUCUUGUUAUGUGGAGUAUCUUCUUAACCUCCAAAAGCACUUCUGUGCCUAUCUAGAGAGAGAUUUAAGAUGGGACUAGAAUGUAUAGUACAUGCUUUCUCUUUGAAUACUGUGAAGACUUGCUGGUAGGGAGAAUUGAAUUUCUGGUGUCAACAUAACCUUUGCUUCAACAUCCUGACUACCCAAAUGGAGCAAAAUGCUUAUAGGUGUGUGGGGUGGGGGGCGAGAUAUCCAUCUCUUGAGUCAAAUAUAAGUUCCCCUCCUUAGAAGAAGGCUGCUGCUGCCUCUCUUGCACUACAAAAGCAGUUCCAGGUUAGUACAAGAGAACUUGUCAAGAUUGCCUAAGUACUUUGUGCUCACAUCAGGUUCACUCGACUUCCAAAUUGCCAUAAAGUGCUCACUAAGAUUUGUACUUGUUUUGUCGGCCUGAAACCUGAAGGAAAAAAUACAUUUUUAUUCUUUC